ACUACAAAUUGAUGUAAAACAUUUUUAUACAACGUUAUUUAUAUUUAUAUGACCUUAUAAAAAUUGUUUUUAUAUAGUUUAUCUUUUCUAAUUAAUAUCGUAUUGAUAUCGCUUAUUUAUUAUUCGAUUAUGGCUCAUGAAUUAAAGAAAGCUGUAGCUUUUAAAAAGCAAUUGCCACAAGACUUUGAUAAGAAAACUAUAAAUACUAUAUCAUGCUUAGAAGGCAACCAUAAUGUUGUUGGACUUAUGUAUUUUCGGAACAAAUGGGUUGAACUAUCAACUCUACCGAGAACCAUGGCGCUUGUUUUGUCGAAGAAGUUGCCUCAUCUAAAUACUGCUACAAUGCAGGCUUUAAAUGAAAUUACUGCUAAAGUCAACACAGUGAAUCCAAUUGUGGAUAGAAUAAUGGAGGACGAAUCUGUUGAAGGCGUUAUUAUGACUAACAAAGACGGUGCACCAGUGUUGACCAAUAUUAGUUUGAGACGAGCCACGAACUUCGGAUUAGCGUUAAAACGAUUUGGAACUCUGACACAAAACUAUAUUAAGGAAUUGGAUCCAUUUGACGAAGUACUAGUGAUACGAAUAAAUACGAAAAAGAUAGAAAUGCUAGUGGCACCACAUACAGAAUUCAAUAUUACAAUUGUCCAACACGCCAGACACAAAAUAAAACGCAUAAAAGAUAGCAAGUAA